AUGGGUCGCAAGGAAGAGGAUGACAGCAGCUCCUGGAAGAAACAGACGAGCAACAUCCGAAAAACAUUCAUUUUCAUGGAGGCUCUGGGAUCAGGUGCCUUCUCUGAAGUUUUCCUAGUGAAGCAAAGAAGCACUGGGAAGCUCUUUGCUCUCAAAUGCAUCAAGAAGUCUCCUCUCACAAGGGACAGCAGCUUGGAGAAUGAAAUAGCAGUGCUGAAAAAAAUAAAGCACGAGAACAUCGUGACUUUAGAAGACAUUUACGAGAGCACAACUCACUUCUACCUGGUCAUGCAGCUGGUGUCUGGGGGAGAGCUGUUCGACCGGAUCUUGGAACGAGGUGUUUACACAGAGAAAGAUGCAAGCAUGGUGAUCCACCAGGUCCUGACAGCAGUGAAGUACCUGCAUGAGAAUGGAAUAGUUCAUCGAGACCUGAAGCCUGAAAACCUUCUUUACCUGACUCCUGAAGAGAAUUCUAAAAUCAUGAUUACAGAUUUUGGCCUGUCAAAAAUGGAACAGAAUGGCAUCAUGUCCACUGCCUGUGGGACACCAGGAUAUGUGGCCCCUGAAGUCCUUGCCCAGAAGCCAUACAGCAAAGCUGUGGACUGCUGGUCCAUUGGAGUCAUCACCUAUAUCCUGCUCUGUGGGUAUCCUCCUUUCUAUGAGGAGACCGAAUCCAAACUGUUUGAAAAGAUUAAGGAAGGUUACUACGAGUUCGAGUCUCCGUUUUGGGAUGAUAUCUCCGAGUCAGCCAAGGAUUUUAUCAGACAUUUACUGGAGAAGAACCCAGCCACAAGGUUUACCUGUGAAGAAGCUCUGAGGCACCCAUGGAUUAAUGGAAAUACAGCCCUUCACCGUGACAUCUACCCAUCUGUCAGUGCUCAGAUUCAGAAAAACUUUGCAAAGAGCAAAUGGAGGCAAGCCUUCAACGCUGCAGCCGUUGUGCACCACAUGAAGAAGCUCCACAUGAACGGCCACGCGGCGGCCGAAAGUCCUCACCCUGUCAUCCAAGUCUCAGAGGCCUCCAGACCCAACACACCCAUGGUGGCCACUGAGCCAGCAGCACCAAGUGAAGACAAGGACACAUCACUCCCUCAGGUCUCCACACAGGCCUGUCCAAACCCUCCAACUCAGCUGGAGCAAGACAUAGGAAUGAGAGAGGAAAAGCUGCAAAUCCACCCAGAGAAUGGACCACAGCCCACGGGCAGCAGCUUGGUCCUACCAGAAAACCACAGCCCUCCAACCAGAACUUCCUGUGGCUGCAGCCCAGCCUGCAUGGGGCAUGAGAAAACAAAGACAUCCUUCUGCUCCGAGACAGUGCUGCUUAAAAAACCUGCAAAAUCCCAUCCUUUCAAAUCAGAAGUUCUUGUUCCAAUGAAAACCAGUAAACACUCGUCUCACUGUGGCACUGGGCAGACUGGAGUUUGUUUGAUCAUGUGA